UUCAGCAGGUCCAGAUGUGAGAACAAGUUCUACCUCCAGGGGCCAUGUCUGGGGCCACCUCUGUAGCUGCCACUAACACAUCUCAGGUCCAGGCAGAACAGGAGCAGGACAGCAGGAGGUGGAUGAAAAGAUUUUUUAAUGGAGAGCAUGAUCGCUUCUAUGCAGUGAAGAAAUUUCUAAAUGUGCAAGAAGAUCACAUUGUUGUCAAGGUUUUGCUUGACUUCUUCCAGUCACAUGGCGGGUUCGACGCUCUCCGCCCUGGCAGCGGCACCGACCCCAGUGCCGUGGCCAGCUGUCGCCCAGUCAAAGACGAGACGCCGCCGCACGUCGCCGACCUGCCCCGACACAACGGUCCAGGCGAGCUCGCCGCUCCGUGCCCCGAUGACCGGACUGACCCGAGCGCCGUGGUCAGCUGCCACCUGGUCAAGGACGAGCUGUUGACGCCCGGAGCCGAGUUGCGCCGGCACAACGGUGCAGGGCCGCUCACCCCGGGCGUGGCAGCUGCGGAGAACGGCGGCGGUGCGCAGAGGAGCCUCCGCGGCUCCCGCAAGAGGCCGCCACGUCAGAACGGCGCCGGCACCACGCUGAGGAAGACCAGGGUGCACCCGUCAGUCGCCGUCGCCGGCCGCUCGCCGGUGCUUCUGCCGGCCGUCGACCCGCUGCUGAUGCCGUUCUUCGCCUGCGGCCUGUGCGGCGCCACCGACUUCGCCGACCUGGCGGCUCACUUCGCACACCUCUGGGCGCAGCACACGGAACUGCGCAUGCUGGGCAGCGCGCAGCGGCGCCGCGUGCCGCUCAAGCUGCGGCCGCACAUGUUCGUCACGUGCGCGCUGUGCGGCCUCAACAACAGGAGCACGGCCACAGCGGGGGUGUCAGACCGGCACCUGACGCGCGCUCACAUGCCGGCCCGCCACCGCUGCGGCCUGGAGGGCGAGGGCCGCGCCAACGCGCGCUACCACCGGCUCUGGCAUCGCGUCCGCCUGCCAUUCCAGUGCUACCUGUGCGCCGAGCGGUUCGCCACCGAGCCGGCGUGCGUGGCGCACGUGCGCGCCGAGCAUGAGGCCGCCUUUAACGUGCACCGCUGCGCACGCUGCCCGUACGCCACGUCGCUGGUCAGCCAGUUCAUCCAGCACGCGCGCACGCACGUGGGCCUGAACGCGUGCGUGUGCCACCAGUGCGGCGUCAUGUUCCAGACGGGACAGUCUCUACGCCGCCACCUGGAGACGCACAGUGGCACCGAAUUUCGCUGCCCGCACUGCGCCAAGGCGUUCCGGCACCCGCUGCCGCUGGAACGCCACGUCAAGAGCCAGCACAUCAGCCCCGACGACCACAAGUGCGCGGCGUGCGGCAAGCUCUUCUCGACGCGCUACCACCUGGAGCGGCACGCCAUGAUCCACUCGGGCCGGCGGCCGCACCAGUGCGAGCUGUGCGGCCGCGCCUUCGUCCAGAAGGGGGACCUGGCGCGCCACCUGACGGUGGGCAUCGGACACAACUGA